ACUCCCCGCUUUCGGCGCCCCGCUAUCAGCGCGCUGCUUGAUUGCGCCGUUGGCGUUAUAUCUGUGAGGCGGAAGGACGGUGCGAGCUAUGCAAGACCGGGAUGUGUACACGCGGGUGAUUCGCGGCGAACGCGACGACAUGCGUGGAGUUGCGGCGCUGACCGCGAAAGCCGUCAAGCAAGACGGGAACAAGCCAAUCUUAAAGCAACGACUCCAG